AAAAAAGUCAGUAUUGAUUGUUUUGAUACAACAUUCCUGUUCAUGUCAGUUCCUUGUUAACUAACACAAAACAACAGACUUAACAUUUGUUGCAACAAUUUACGUUCAAAGUCACGACUUCAUCCAUUGUGCUAUAUCCUUAUUUGACAUCGAAAAAUCUAUUUCAAAAGCCUGACCAAGAAAAAAAAAGAACCUCCACGACCCAAAAUGGCGGCCGCGGUCACCUUGGUGUUGACCGUUCUCGUCUCGGCGCCUCUCGCGAGAUCUCAGUUCGUGACGGAGGAUUUCUCGCACACGGGGAUCUGUGGAGGGCCCAGACCGCUCUGCCGCUGUACCGAGCCGCUUAAGGACCACUUCUUCGUGGACUGCCACGGCAAGGGACUGAGCAGCAUACCUGAAGACAUACCGGAGAAAACACUGGUCCUGCGGCUAAGUUGGAACAACAUCGUUAAGAUUCCAGCUGGCGCGUUCCAGCGACUCAAAUCCCUCAACGUGCUGGAUUUGAGUCACAACAUCAUCAGCAACAUUCAAGACGACGCCUUCAGGAAUCUCAACAGGAUGAGAAGCCUUGUGCUGAACGGGAACCACUUCUUCUGCGACUGCGAGCUGCUGUGGCUGCGGAAGUGGCUGUUGUGGAAGCGCCACACUGUGGACAUUACCGGCGCUGCAUGCAGCAUGCCCGAGACCUUCAAGGGGAAGAUGAUCUCUGAGACGGAAGGACGCCUCUUCAUCUGCCCCGAGCGAGUUUGUGGCCACCUGGGCCCAUUCGUCGGCGCUGAGAAACUUCGCCAUGUCCACUACCGGGAUAUAGUGACGGUGUACUACCAGUGCAUCGAGGGGCACGAGCUGGUUUCGGGGGACCUGGAGCAGAGCUGCGACUUUAACAACCCCUACUGGACGGGACAGAGCCCGGUCUGCAGUGCUCAAAACUGCGGAGACCCUGGUCGCGGCAUCUACGCUGAGCGGCAUGGCGACAGCUACACCUACCUGUCCGAGGUGCGCUAUGAAUGCUGGGAAGGGUACUACCUGGUGGCGGGCGAUCUGCGCAGGCGCUGUUCCCUUGACGACCAGAACGGCGUUCUGAAGUGGGAAGGGUCUCCACCUAUCUGUUUACUGGAAACAGACACGGAAGCCACUCCAACAGAACAAGCCACGGAAGGAUCGGGUUACAAUUCCAACCCUGUGCAUGACCACGAAGAUGAGGAAGAGUCCAUUAUGAAGGAGGUAGGGGCCAUUCUCAGCCACAUCAACGAAUCCUCCGCAGUAACCGACCCCCCUACGGAAGAAUCGGAUCUUCCCAUCACAGAACCGCCUAUGCCUGUUCUAUCACCCGAAGAGGAAGAAACUUUACGCCUUCUCCGACAACACAGUCCUACCGCUACGGAGCACGACAUUGUUGAAGAGGAAGAACAAGAGAAAGAUCCUGUUCUUUCCGGAGGUGCACUAUCUGCUGUAGAGAGAGCCAUAGACGUCUACGACGCGCACGUCAAAGAACACGAGAGACAUGAAGAAGAGGAACUUCUUAAGGCGCGAGAAGAAAUCUACAACAACGAAGAACAAGAAGAAGUUGAGGAAGGGGAAGUUCAAAUUGAAGCAGAGAAGGUAGAACUUCCAGGAGAUAACAUCAUAGCAGAGACUGGUUUGGAGCUGCCGGACGAAGUGCUGAGGGUUUUCCAGGAGCACCAACAUGGGGAGAGCGAAGAGGUGGCGGAAAACGGCGUGUUUGAGGGCAGGAACAGGAUUUCAGACGAAGAUGUGAUGAGGAUGCUGAGAGAACUGGCUGACGUUGAUGCUGCAACUGACAACAUCCUGGCCCUUCUUGGAGCUCUCGAGGAACUCGCAGAGAAAGAGGCUGACCUUGACGCAGAGCAGCUUGACCUUGCCACCGCCAUCUUGGAAAGGAUCGUGAAGCUUGAUGGGAUUGACGCAGAGAUUGCUGGGAGACUCGUCAAGGUCAUCAGUUACCUGACGGGACUGACCUUGGAGAACAUGGUGGAAGCGGAGACUCGGUUCAAAGCUUGUUCAAGGAUUGUUAAGAGUGUGGAUGCCAUGAACAUACAAGUCGAGUCCACCGCACCUGACGAAAUGUUCGAGUCCAAAUACCUCGCCACCGGACUGGUCAAUCUGGGGCAGUCGUUCGACGGGAUGUCAUUCGCAGACUAUGGAGACGGGCAGGUCCAACUGUACCAGGAAGACGGAAUCUCCCCGGACAGGCACAGCUCCUACAUCCGGCUGCCGCCCAGCCUGCUGACCGGAACAGAUGUCCACAAUGUCAGUCGGGUGCACUUUGCCGUCUACAGGGAGUCUAACAUCUUCAAGGCUAUGCAGAAGGCGUCACCGCACGUGCAUCAUUCACCAAUCAUAGAGUCCUACGUCACAAGCGUCAGGGAUAUCGACCAGGUUCUACGCGGUGACGUCAUUUCCGCUUCUGUCGGCAACCUCCAUCUCAGCGACCUCCCUGACCCGGCGAAAAUCGUGUUCUAUCACGAAGAGGAUUCUCUCAUUGGUGACCGUGAAUGUGUCUACUGGGAUUUUCAGCUCAACGAUCAGAAAGGCGGUUGGUCGUCUGAGGGUUGUACUGUGUACCACGCUGCUGACACACACACAGUCUGCCACUGUAACCAUCUCACCAACUUUGCUCUGCUCAUGGAUGUUUACGGCUCCACGGCAAAGCUGAGCGCAGAGAACCAAAAGGCGCUGUCCAUCAUCUCAAUGAUCGGAUGUGCCGUGUCGUCUGCAGGCUUGCUCUUCGCUCUGAUCACCUUCCUGCUUUUCAGAACCCUCCGUCGGGACAACCCUACCAAGAUCCUGAUCAACCUGUGCGUGGCGCUUUUAUUGGUGAACUUGACCUUCGUGACCUUGUCUCACCCGGAACAGUUUCAUGCCGGCUUCAUGUGUAAAACUCACGCCAUGGUGAUGCACUACGCGCUGUUGGCCGCCAUUGCCUGGAUGGGAAUAGAGGCCGUGAACAUGUACCUCGCGUUUGUCAAGGUUUUCGACACCUACUAUACUAACUUUGUCAUGAAGAUUUGCGUGGCUGGCUGGGGCACCCCUCUUGUGAUCGUGGCGAUAACCGCAGCUAUCGACAUCGAUGUGUACGGCUAUAAAGAGGGGAUGUAA